CAUGCUUUCAUUGCAUUUCAUGCGAAAUGUGUUUUGAUUUUCAUUGAAUUAAUAGUUAGUUUGCCAUCAAUUCAGUGAUCAUUUGCCUCAAUGUCAGCGCAAACUAAGUCCCGCUUUGAAGUGAUUGAGAUGACAAAUGGUGGCGAAUGUGCUAUCAUUGCCCUCACCGACGAAGACCACACUCUCGCCAAUGCCCUCAGGUAUGUGAUAGUGAAGAACAGUAACGUCCAGUUCUGUGGCUAUUCUCUGCCGCAUCCCAACGACAACGUAGUUCUGCUUCAGAUUCAGAUGAAGUCCGGACUCAAUGCCAUCAAUGCUUUGGAGAAAGGCUUCCGAGACCUCAUGGACUCGUGUCAGCACANGAGACUAUGCGUUGAGUUGCCGGUCGAGCGCAGCGACAACGGGGCCGACGAUCGCAAGGAGUUGGCGGCCGAUGGCGGCGGCGGUCCUGAUGUGGGCGGACACGAGUGGCGGUUCACGUGCUGA